GAAAAGAAGCUGGCUCCUUAGGUUGAAACAAAAAGGCAAGUAAGAUAAAGAGCUGUCUUAGGCCUUACCUUAGCCAAAUAAAUAUUCACACAAACAAACAAAGGUAGUCGCAACUCCAGAGAGAAAGAGAGAGAGAUGAAGAAUCGGUUUCUCUGUGUUUGUUAAGCAAACCAUUGUAGACUUUGCUCAGAUAAAAAACAUUGUUAGAAGAAGCUGUGUGUAAUUGUCAAGUGAAAGGGAAAAAGUGCACAGUGAGAGAGAUAGAGAUAUAGAGAUAUAGAUACAGUGAGAGAGUGAGAGAGUGAGAGAGAGAGAGAUGGUGGGCUCAGGAGCAUCAGAUAGGAGCAAAGAAGCUGUUGGGAUGAUGGCCCUUCAUGAGGCCCUCAAAAGGGUGUGUCUCAACUCAGACUGGACUUACUCUGUCUUCUGGACCAUUCGUCCUCGCCCGAGAGUUCGAGGUGGUAAUGGCUGCAAGGUUGGAGAUGACAACGGUAGCUUGAUGUUGAUGUGGGAAGAUGGUUUCUGCCGAGGAAGUGUUGAUGGAGAGGAUCCUGUCAGAAAGGCCUUCAGCAAAAUGUCCAUUCAGUUGUAUAAUUAUGGAGAAGGGUUGAUGGGGAAAGUUGCAUCUGAUAAGUGCCACAAGUGGGUAUUUAAAGAGCCUACAGAAUGUGAACCGAAUAUCUCCAACUAUUGGCAGAGUUCAUUUGAUGCUCUUCCUCCUGAGUGGACAGACCAGUUUGAGUCAGGCAUUCAGACCAUUGCUGUAAUUCAAGCUGGGCAUGGCCUUCUCCAACUUGGUUCUUGCAAGAUUAUUCCAGAAGACCUUCAUUUUGUGCUUAGAAUGAGACACACUUUUGAAUCCCUUGGCUACCAAUCUGGUUUCUACCUCUCCCAACUCUUUUCUUCAACAAGAAACACUUCCUCUUCUACUUCUGUUCCUUCAAAACCAUCUACCAUUCCAGUUAGGCCACCUCCACUAUUCAACUGGGGUCAGAGGCCACUCACUUCUGCCACCUCCAUGCUAUCUUCACCCAAUUUUCAACAACAUGCAGCUAGACUUGGGUUCCCUAAAGAUGAGGCAAACAUGUUUCUGAUUCCUCAUGCAUCAUCUGAGAGUGCAAGAGUGGAGGACAUGAUGGGGGAGCAUGAAAACGACAUAAAAUGGCCCAAUGGCUUGUCUUUCUUCAAUGCUCUCACCGGAAGAACAGAUGAUGCUAAGCUGUUGUUCAACCCUGAUACCUUGGGGAACAAACCAGGUGAUCAAACUCAGCAUCACCCUCUUACUCAAAAUCCCAAUUCAGAUGCCUCCAACAUGCAGAAUGCCAGUGCAAGCAACCCAAAUGAGUUCUUGAGCUUGGAUAACAACCAAGAUGAUGCAAGAAAAAUGGACAAGUUCAAGAGAAGCUUCACUCUACCUGCAAGAGUGGCCUCAUCAUCUUCAUCCACUUCAAUGGAUCACCAUCAAACACAAGGUGUGCAGUUUAGGAAUUCAGAAGGAGCUAUGUACCCGGAUGUCAUGGAAACCUUUUUGGAGUGAAUUGGGGGGUUGAAAUGAAAAAAGGUAUGAGAAUAUGUAUCUAGGAAAAGUUACUUGUGUUCCUUUUUCAUGUGUUGGCUUUUCACUUUGCAUCUUGUGUUUCUUCUGUCUUCCACUUAAUCAGACUUGAUUAAUCAUCAUUUGUUUGUUUCUUCUGCUUCAAUUAGACAUAAAGUUUUCA